AUGGCCAUGACCGGUGCCAUCAGUGACACGCGUGAGGAAAUUAAGCGCACACUAGGAAAUGUUUUCCAACUGGCAAAUGCAGCUGCUCUGAUUGACCAAUUUGCUCUUCUGACCGCCUACCAGAACACUGUGGAAAACGACUUUAGUGCAACCAUCUUUAGUGUAAAUUUGUCAGAGGCAGCUACAACCAUCAACAACUGGGCUAAUGAACAUACGCACGGAAAAAUACCCAAACUAUUGGAUGAAAAGACUGACCUAUCUAACACCGUUAUGAUCCUUCUCAAUGCCCUGUACUUCAAGGGAGUUUGGGCAAACCCGUUUAAGAAACAACUUACUGCAGAUAAGGAAUUUACCUACAGUGCCAAUUCAAAAGUCAAAGUGCCGAUGAUGAGCAAGUCAGGCUGGUUUAAGUACACCUCUUCUACUGAGGGCCAGCUGUUGGAGUUGCCUUACGAAGAACCAGUGCAGGAACUACAGUCGAUGGGCAUUAGAGCAGCAUUUGAUUGUGAGAAGGCUAAUUUCAGUCUAAUGAUGGACAGUGAACGAAUAAUAAAAGUUUCUGAAAUUCUACAAAAAACUUUUAUAGAAGUUAAUGAAGAGGGAUCAAAGGCAGCAGCGGCGACAGCCGUUGGUUUUGUAGCGGUUUCUGGCCAAAUUAGAAAGCCGCUCACUGUCGAGUUCAAUCGGCCCUUUCUAUUUGCCAUCCGUGACAAUCGUCUGCAGUUGACUCUUUUUGCUGGAAUUGUCAAUAAACCUUAG